AUGACGCCCGUUGUGCUGCUGUUUGCUGUGUCUCUGCUGCAAUCAUGUGAAACACAAGGUGCCAGCUCUGGGUCUUCUGUGUUUGUGCAGACAGGAAACGAUUUACUUCUGCAUGUCAUGGAACAUGUUGCUCUGGAUGAAGAGAGUGAUUUUAGAUGGAGAUUCAAUGGCAGUACAAAUAUUGUAAAAGUAGAUGCUGAUAACAAAACAACUAUUUUUAAGAGUUACAAGUCAAGAGAAAUUUCUGUACAAAAUUACACUUUAUGCUUGAAGAAUGUACAAAAGGCUGACAGUGGACGUUACACUGCAUUUGUGAGUGGUAGUAAAGAACAACCUGUGGCUGAAUACGAGGUCACAGUUCUGGAUCCAGUGUCUCCAGUUAAGCUGACAGUGGACUCUGUGUCCAGCAGCUCAGACUGUAACCUCACGGUGACCUGCAGCACGCUGGACUCUCACAUCAGCAGCACUUUUACAUGUGACAACAAAACCUGCAGUCAGGAGGGAGGAGAGAGAUCUGAUUCUUCGAUUAAUGUCUACCAGAAGCAAGGUUUCAUCAUCUGUAACCACAGCAACCUGGUCAGCUUUAAACAGGACGAGCUGGAGAUUAAAGAUCACUGUGAGCAACAUCCAGUUCCUAAUCGAGCCACCCUGAUUGGGACUGCCAGUGGAUCAGCUGUCCUUGGGGUUGUCCUUGUGAGCAUUUGCUCCUUCCUCAUUUGCAGAUAUUAUAAAAAAAAGAGCAACGGAAAUACAAUAUAUGAAGUUCCUCAGGAAGUCACUCCAGCCCAAACUCCGCAAGAGGAUCCUGCAGACAAGUGUUCAGGUUCUUCUCCAACCUCCACCUACUGCCUGCUGGAGUUUCCCACAGGACAGGUGAAACCAACCAGAGACACAUCUCAGCCAGAGACCGUGUAUGCUCAAGUUAACAGAGCUGCCAAGACCAAUGCCAGGUCCCCACAAACAAAAACCCAGGUCCCCCAAAACACCCACAGCUGAAAAACAUCUAUGACAAUGAUGUACAGGACUAAAUAUAAAUGUAUGCUGGACGCUAGCGCUGUAUUCUGCCUCAGCCAUCUAACAUGCUGGCACACGGGGAACACUGGAGCCUCCUGCAACCACGUCUAGUCGUAAAGCGCAAUAUGAACUAUUUUCUUUUGUCCCCUCAAAGACUUAUUUGUCAUGUAAAUAGCACACAUUUUUACAUUUUUGAAUUGUUUGUGCUUGGAAAAAUUGGGGGAAAAAAAAUGAUGGUACCCUCCUUCACAUGCUGGCUACUGACGAGGAGGCCUGGAAGUGCCUUCUCUGGUCAACUGCUCUUUUCUAAUCACACAUAGAUCUGGUCUCUGAAAUAACCUAAUGAAUUUAUUACAUCAGGCUUUUCAUGUGUCCCUGAAAAAACAGGACAAAGUUAAAAGCAUCAAAUACUUGAGAAAUGAUCUGCUGGGAGGGGUUUCAUUGUGACUUUGCCCAUCUCUGAGGAAUAUAACCUGUAGGCCUGUGUAAAAACACAAUCACAAACAGCAGUGACACUAUCUCCGAUAAAUUAUCAGUGUGUUUUCUUGCCUGAUUCACUCAUGGAACGCAGAAUAAAGAGCUGGGAUGCCAAAACGAUCACUGCAGAUUGCAAGACGGCUUUGGAGCUCUGCAGCGAAGGCAAGCAGGCUGCGCUUCGGUGCUGUGAUACGGAGUGGGCAGAAAAGACGACCGGUGGAGUGUGAGAACUGCUGGUAUGCAAGGAAAUAGCACGACAAAGAUUAAAAUGUAGAAGUCAAAGUCAAGAACAUAGACAUUUCUUCCCGGCUAUAAAAUUACCCGGCUCUUCUGUGUUGUGGGGUCCACUUCCUAAACCGACUGACUUCAGGUUCAGUGCCUGGCUAACUUGAAUAGAGAUAAAAUGAUUUAAUCUUGCGGCUCAUCUGGACUUUCCCAAUUUGCUGGACUGAUUUGAGAGUUGUCUUAAAAGCCGGUCAGCACCGGCCCAUCUAAAGCGCUCACUCUACGUGGUUAAAAGCACCACAGAAGGCAACAUCUGAGGCUGCUCAGUAUUGAGAUAAAAUUAGAGGAGCCAGAUCACUGCAAGGUACACGAGGUACAAAGACAGCAGAGUAGUAAUGCAAAGAUUUUAUUUGGAGACAGUUGGAAUUAAGUGCAAAAAUCCAGGUAUGUUGACUGCUCGCUGUAAACUGAAAACAAUUUCACGUGUUUGAACAAAGAUACUUCUCGUGUGAACAAAGAUUUUUUAAUUCAUGAUUUCCUUCUUAUUGAUAAUGCCUUAAUUUUUAAUGCAAAUGUUAGUUAAGGGCCCACAAUCUAAAAUGGCUACCAUCGCCUAAGUUGGAAAUGAUCUCUGUGAUGUGUGUAUUUAUAUGUUUUCUAAUAAACUAUUAUAUUGGC